CUUGAAAAAGACUAGUAUAUUUCGGGUAAGUUUCGUCAUUCUGUUCAUGUGUCAAAAUUAACAUUUGCUAAGAUGAAGAUAUAUUCUGAUCCAGGAAAUCAACAUACUCUAAAAGCAGUAGUUGCUGCUGCUUUAGCUAAUCUGAAGCUAGAGAUUCAAUUUACGAGUAUUACAGAUUCCAAGGUGCCAUACUUGAAGAGGGGCAAACUUCCAGUUCUUGAGAUAUCACCAAAUGAGUACAUCUUUUCAGCAAACAACAUCUGCAGGUAUAUCCUGUCCAACGGCUCUGAGCAAACUUGGGAGUUGAAAGUUGAGGAGUGGGUCGAGUGGGAGAGUACUCACUUACAGGCUUUGCUAGCCCCUUACUUAACUGCUGUCUUUGGAGGCGGAAAGAAGAAUGCAGAGCCAUUUAAGCUUCCAUUCUGCAAAUUAAAUGAUGUGCUGGCCAAUAAACAAUAUUUAGUGGGGACAAGCCUGACCGCAGCUGACAUUGUGGUAUGGUGUGCCCUGUACCCAGCCAUUACCGACAACCCAAGCCUUUGUGCUGACUACAAGCACCUUCAAUGCUGGUUCCAGGGCCUUGCAUCCCAAGAGAGCUUUCAGAAGGGUGUUGCUACCGUGACAUCAGGGAAGGGUGCAAGUGCCUUCAAGGAAGCCAUCUUGUCUCAGCAUGUCAAGGUUCCGCUGUCUGAUGCCGGUCGUGAGAGAGGACAACAGGCAGCUAUUAGUCAGGCUUCAGAUGGACAGGAUGAGAGCAAAAAGGACAUUCCACCUGAAGAGGUAGCUGCAGCCAAAGCAGCUUUCACCAGAGGAAGAAAGUCAUUACCUAAAUUGACCAAGAGAGUUCAUCCAGUACUACCUCAAUCUUCUGGGAAGAACAUCCUCAUUACCAGCGCUCUUCCGUAUGUGAACAAUGUACCUCACCUAGGAACCAUCAUAGGGUGCGUUCUCAGUGGGGAUGUCUUCUCAAGAUUCUGUCGUCUCCGGAACUACAACACCCUGUACAUCUGUGGUACAGAUGAGUAUGGGACUGCUACUGAAACCAAGGCACUAGAAGAAGGGUUGACUCCUCAACAGAUCUGUGACAAAUACCAUGCACUUCAUCGAGACAUCUACAAAUGGUUCAAUAUUGAUUUUGACCACUUUGGUAGAACCACCACCCAGAAGCAGACUGAGAUUGCUCAGGACAUCUUCCACCGUCUGCAUGCCGCUGGUCAUAUUCUAGAGGAUACGGUAGAACAGCUCCAGUGUCAGAAGUGCAACCGCUUUCUAGCUGAUCGCUUUGUUGAAGGAAUCUGUCCACUCUGUAGUUAUGAGGAUGCUAGAGGAGACCAGUGUGAUAAAUGUGGGAAGCUCAUCAAUGCAACAGACCUUAAAAAACCCAGAUGUAAAGUCUGCAGUAACACCCCUGUCAUUAAGACUUCCAGGCAUCUGUUCCUAGACCUUCCCAAGCUAGCACCAGCCCUCGAGGUGUUCUUACAGAAGUCUACAUCCGAAGGCAACUGGUCUGCCAAUGCUAAGCUCAUUACAAACUCAUGGGUGAGGGAUGGACUGAAGCCACGAUGUAUCACUCGUGAUCUCAAGUGGGGUACACCUGUUCCAUUGAAAGGAUACACAGAUAAGGUGUUCUAUGUAUGGUAUGAUGCUCCUAUUGGCUAUCCGUCCAUCACAGCAAAUUACACAGACCAGUGGGAGAAAUGGUGGAAAAACCCACAGCAGGUUCAACUGUACAACUUCAUGGCCAAAGACAAUGUGCCGUUCCAUAGUGUGAUAUUCCCGAGCUGUCUGAUUGGGGCUAAUGAUAACUACACCAUGGUCAAUCAUCUUAUAGCCACAGAAUACCUGAACUAUGAGGACACCAAGUUCUCCAAGAGCCGUGGUAUCGGUGUGUUUGGUGACAACGCUCAAUCGACGGGUAUCCCAGCAGACAUCUGGCGAUUCUAUCUCCUCUACAUCAGACCAGAGACCCAGGAUAGUGCCUUCAGCUGGGCUGACUUUGUCUGGAAGAAUAACAGUGAGCUUCUCAACAACCUGGGCAACUUCAUCAACAGAGGCUUAACAUUCCUGGAGAAUAGCUUUGACGGUGUGAUACCCGAGAUAAGAUUAGAGAGUGAAGAUGAGAGGCUGAUUGCUGAGAUCAACCGAGAACUCAAGAGCUACAUUGCAUUACAGGAGAAGGUCAAAAUCCGUGAUGCCUUGAAGCACAUCCUCAACAUAUCUCGUCUUGGUAAUCAACAUAUCCAAGCAUGCAAGCCAUGGGUGCUAGUCAAAGGCAAUCCUCAAGAAAAACUCAGAGCCGGUACUGUGAUUGGUCUGGCAGCAAACAUCUCGUGCCUCCUCUCAGUCAUCCUGCAACCAUUCAUGCCAGAGACUAGUGCUACCAUCCAAGCCCAGCUCCAGGCUCCUCCUGAAUGUUACGUGCUGGUGGAAGAAUUUGUUUGCUACCUCGACAAGGGUCACAAGAUAGGCAAGCCAAGUCCACUCUUCUCCAAGAUUGAACCAGCCCAAGCUGAAGAAUUCAAGAAGAGAUUUGCAGGCAAACAGCAAAAGGUUGAAAGUGCUGCAAAGCCUAGUGCAGCGGCCACCCCAGCCCCACCUACAUCAAACCCACCUACAAGCAACCAAGCCACUCCAGCAGGCCCUCAGGAGAUAGAGAGACUCACUGCACAAGUUACAGCUCAGGGAGAGAAAGUUCGUAAGGUGAAGGGUGAAAAGGCUGACAAGGCAGUAGUGGAUGCAGAGGUCAAGGCAUUGCUGGACUUGAAACGUCAGUUAGCCAUUGCAUCUGGUCUGGAUCCUGAUGCUGCGUCCAAGUCUAAGGGAAAGAGUAAAAAGAAAGGGGGCAAAAAGUAGAGGAUAUGGAAAGCAAGCUGAUUCAUAAGUGGAUAUUAUUCAUAUGCAACCAUGUCAGUUUUGAUAUCAGGAUAUGAUUACAAUGUUCUGAAAUAUCAGUAAUAAUUAUUUUUAAUUUCACACAGUCUACUUAAUAGCCAAUGGAAAUGAUGCUGGUUCUGUAUACGUAUACUAACAUGUAGAUAAUUUGUGAGAUAUUACUAUGUUUGCUUUAAAAAUUCAAAUAGUCAAGUUUCUAAUUUCUUAUAUCCCACCCGAUUGAUACAUCAUAUUGGAAGGUUGUAGUUUGUUUAUACUAUUUUGUCAAUUUGCCCCUUUUUAAUUUAAUUAUGAAACUUUGCCUUUUAGACAUUUAGACUUUAGUUUCUGUUCAGUUCUUCGAUAUUAGAAUCCAUAUUAUUUGAGAAAAAACAAUGAUAAAUGAUAAUAAUGAUCAUAAAUAAUUACUAUAAUUAUUAUGGUAAUGCUUAAUGCCACAAUCAUGUCUUCCAAUAGUCAUUAAACCAUUCAAUAUGUCAAAAACUACUUUCCAUCGUUGGGAAUCUGUUGUUCCGCAUGGGCAUGUUGGUAUGUCUUCGUAUUUUUGUGCUGUCCUAGAUUUAUAGAGCUGCUGCUCUUCAUCUCUUAAAUACCUGACACAUAUAGUUAAUGAAAGCCAAUGAAAGUUAACUCACAACAGUUCCAUUUUAUGUGUGUGAUAUCUUGCAAGUAAGGCUAUUAAUUACUCGGGUCAGCAUCUGGGUUCUGCUUUCAUAGGUGUAUU